CACCCCAAAACCAGCGCCAUAACACCCUCCUAGUGAAGCAUACGCGCAGGCGAGUGGAGCGACUUACUCUAUUUAUCGCACUAUACAACUACCUGUCUCCCAUCACUCUCUUUUUCUUUCUCUCACCCUUGCAUCAUCCCACACUAUACCUAGGCUGCGUGCUUCAUUUAAAGUGUCACGUUUUCGCGUCUUUGUACCAAGGGUACUGGUACAUCGUUUUAGCUCGACACUCUACUCGAUAAUUUCAAAUUUCUCGUCGCGCUCGCGGCAAAACCAAAACACCAGACGGAGAAAUUUUUUUUUACAAUGUUUUUUUUUUUUUAUAUUUAAUAUAAACUUUUAAACAUUUUGUUGCUGUGCAUCUGGCAGCGGUUAGCUCGCUUGCGCAUCACGCGUCAAGGCCACACGGAGAGUGUGUGAGAGAGUCGGAAAAGAGUGUCGAGGGGUGAGGGGUGAGCGGCGAGGGUGAGGGCGAGUAGAACCAAGAAAAAGAAUAAAAGACCAAAAAAUAUAAAAAAAGGAAGAAAUAGUUACCCUCGUGUUACGUUUCACGUCAAACGCACGCAGAGUUUAGUACUCACUGAGUUGGUGUUGUUAUAUUGUGCAAGUAACUCUCCACUGUGCGGUAUUUAUUUAUUUAUUUAUAUUUAUUCUGGUUUUUUUUUUUUGUUAUUUCAUGGUAAUUAGACUGUUUUUUAACGGAGGAGAAGUAUCAUAUCUUGAGGACUGGGUUUAAGAGUUAUUAAUGAUAGAGAAUUCUCGCUCUUGGAGGUAACACGUGAGGAGUCUCUGUUCCACCUAUGUUGUGCGGAGAAUUGUUAAACGGCGGUUUUGUGAGUGCGGGAGCGGUUCCUGCGGUACCCUACAGUCUUCUUGGGCUCUGGAUACCCGGCUGCGUUCGAACAACCAGUCCGCGACUUGUAACCUCGCCGUACCUUACACUGUUGACCGAACUGCUGGCCGCGGGGUGUCUCGAGGAGGACUGCCAGGGAUCCACCUAUUCCGUUGACCCAAACAUGGACCUCGUCAGGCAGACUCAGCAGUCUAACACCAACAGCAAUCUCGACCUUGAUCUCGACAACGACGACAGUGUCUUUCUCGAAAACGGGCUUUUGUCAUUCGAAAAUCCAAACUACCAUCUUGAAUCAGCUCGCUUCGAUGACGCAUUGAACAGUAAUGGUACGGAAAAUUCACUCUUCGACGAAUUCUAUCAAGAUUUAGUGGUCAGUGGAGCCAGAAGAGAAGAAAUGGUCACGGGGAUCGUAAACGGUGGCGGAGGUGGAGACGGUGGUGGCGGUGGUACGAGACACGCACGAAGAACUUACGCCACACUUGAUCUUGAAAGCAUGGGCGUCGACGUAACCCAAGGUCCUUUAACUCAAAAUUCAGUCACCGCUGAAACACCAGACAAUACCGCCAACCACAAUCUUGGGUAUGGCAGCGAGGGUGCGGAGGUAGCUGAGUCGACGCUGGUUGAUGAUAACCUCAACGGGAAUCCUCGAUCAUCAUCUAAGGCCCUGUCAAAUCCACCCGCGACCCUCGAUGCCGAUGAUUCUGACCUCGUCAGAAAUUACUGUGAAAAAGUUGAUAACGACUUAACAGAAAUGGGCGGAGUUCCUCACGUAGAAGAUGGCCUUAACAGCGAUCUUUAUGCUGUCCCAGUUAAACGCAGACAGCCCAAGGAUCAAAAUAUAACAAACCAACUCCACAAUAAUUUUAAAGAAAAACCUGACGAGUCAGAAAGUCCGCAUUCGGAGGACAAGGAUGAAAAUUUGCCGGCUGGUUGGGAAAAACACGAGGACAAAGAUGGCCCUUACUACUGGCACAUAAAGAGCGGAACCAUACAGAGAGAGCCACCAGAGGCAACACUUAAUUGCAAAAAUGAAAACCGUAAAAGUCUUGUUAAAGACAAUGACAGUAUAAAUAAUUUUCAUUCACUGGGGAUGAUAAUCAAUACAGUGACACGUAGCAAUACAAGUUCUGCGUUAGAUCAAGAAUUAGAAAACAAACGAAAAGAAGAAUUGGCAUUAAAGAGAAGAAGUUAUCCAGCACGAGCAGACUCUGAGGGAAGAGACAAACCAAUAAGAUUCGCCGUUCGGUCUCUUGGUUGGACGGAAAUAGCUGAAGAAGACUUGACACCAGAAAGAAGUAGCAAAGCUGUCAACAAGUGUAUCGUUGACUUGUCACUCGGAAGAAAUGAUCUUCUAGACGUUGUUGGUCGAUGGGGCGACGGAAAAGAUCUUUUCAUGGAUUUAGACGAAGGAGCACUAAAAUUAAUUGACCCAGAGAAUCUGACAGUACUUAACACCCAACCAAUUCAUACUUUAAGAGUGUGGGGAGUUGGCAGAGAUCACGGACGUGAGAGGGACUUUGCUUACGUAGCAAGAGACAGAUCGACUAGAAAAUUCAUGUGUCACGUGUUUAGGUGUGACAUACCAGCCCGUACAAUUGCAAACACAUUGCGUGAUAUUUGUAAAAAAAUAAUGAUUGAGCGAUCGUUGCACCAGAAUCUCGCCAAACCAGUGGACAUUAACGGCAGAACUAGUCUAGCAACAAGACCUACCAAUUUACCCACAGAACAUCGCCGCUUUCACAGAAAUAAUGAUCAGCCUCUGGUUGCACAAUCAUUCCCUACCCCAAUGGAAGAGCCAAAAAAAGUUUUACGAGCACAAUAUCUUGGGUCAAUGCAAGUAACUGCAGCUACGGGAAUGGACGUGUUGAACGACGCAAUCGACCACAUGGUGACAAACACCCCUAUUAAUCAAUGGCGGAAUGUAAACGUCGCUGUGGCUCCUAGUAUGAUUUCUAUUCUUACACCUAAUGAUGAAAAAUUGAUCACCGAGUGUCGAGUACGCUACUUAUCAUUUUUGGGAAUCGGAACCAAUGUGAAGCAAUGUGCAUUUAUCAUGCAUACAGCUCAGGAUCUCUUCAUCGCUCAUGUAUUUAAUUGUGAGCCGAGUAGUGGUGCUCUUUGCAAAACAAUUGAAGCUGCUUGCAAGUUGAGGUAUCAAAAAUGCCUCGACGCUCAUCCCCAGGGUUUUAGAAAUUCAAAUAACAUGACCACUCCAAACGGACGAGGAAUCGGCGCAACUUUGAAGUCAUUAGUCGGAUCCAUUACGGGAAGAAGAAAUAAACAGGGUGAAUCCUGAGAUGAGGCUCUCUCGCUCCAGCAUGUGAAGAAAUAGUCAGUAUAACUCAUUAAAAUUAAUAAUAUGGAGUGUAUAGUCAAAUCAUCCAAGCCAAUCGGUUCGCCAGGAACUGUGGCCACUGCCUGCCGAGCGAGAGGUGAUUCGACACAGGCAUCUCAAGUCACCGUUGACAUCUAAAAAUUUUGGGAGUUCACCACCGAGCGCCUCUCUCGGGUCUCUUCUAUCGCCAUCCUUGGACACAAGACGCAUUCAGUUUACCCGCUGGGAGAGUGAUCCUUGAACACUGAUAGUCGUCUCUGAAAAUACACCUAAAUUAAUGAUAAUAUUAAUGAUAAAUAAUGAUAUUAAUAUAAAAA